AUGUCGAAAAUCAAAUGGGUCUUGAAAAAGGCCGAGGUGACACAGGAAUCGGGCUUGUCGAACGCCCAAAUGAUGUUGACAAAUGAAGACUUGAGGCCAGUGGACCCAGAACGCCGUCAAUGGGGAUGGUUGAACUAUAUCGCCUUUUGGAUUGCAGAUUCAUUGAACAUUAAUACAUGGAUGAUUUCUUCCUCCAUGAUUGUCGACGGUCUCUCGUGGUGGCAGUCAUGGCUAUGUGUCUGGAUCGGAUACUUCAUCGCGGGCGGAUUCGUGUGCUUGACCGGUCGUAUCGGGGCUGUUUACCACAUCUCAUUCCCAGUGACUGUUCGUGCCUCCUUUGGGAUUUGGGGCUCUUUCUGGCCGGUGAUCAAUCGUGUCGUCAUGGCCAUUAUCUGGUAUGGCGUACAAAGCUACAUUGGAGGUGAAUGCGUCUCUUUGAUGAUCGAGGCCAUUUGGCCGAGUUACAGACACCUGCAUAACAGCCUCUCUGCCAGCGCGGGCGUUGACACACGAGGCUUUCUUAGCUUCUUCCUCUUCUGGCUGUUGUCCCUUCCAGCUCUGUGGUUCCCCGUGCACAAAGUGCGACAUCUCUUUACCGUCAAGGCCAUUUACUCGCCCAUUGCAGCCAUUGCUUUCUUCGCGUGGGCCAUUUCGCGGGCGCAUGGUAUUGGGCCAAUCGUACACCAGGGCAGCACCAUCCAUGGCAGCACCUUGGCCUGGGCUUUUGUCAAGGGCGUCAUGAGUUGCAUUGGCAAUUUUGCUGCUCUCAUCAUGAACGAUCCUGACUUUUCACGAUUUGCACGCAAGCCGAAGGAUGCUCUGUGGUCGCAGCUUCUGACCAUUCCCAUUGGUUUUGGAAUUACCUCCUUCAUUGGCAUCAUUGUCUCCUCGUCCUCCUCGGUCAUUUACAACGGUGAUCCCGUCUGGAACCCACUCGAUUUACUCGGCAUGUUCUUGGAUGGCGCCAGCUCUGGACAGCGCUUCGGUAUCUUUGUGAUUGCGACGGGAUUCGCGCUCGCCCAGUUGGGAACCAACAUUUCAGCCAACUCGGUCUCUGCAGGCACAGACUUGACUGCAUUGAUGCCGCGGUUUUUGACCAUCCGCAGGGGCAGUUAUAUCUGUGCGAUCAUCGGCUUGGCCAUGUGUCCGUGGAACCUCGUCGUCACAUCCAACCAAUUCACAACAUACCUUUCCGCUUACUCUCUCUUCCUCUCCGCCAUCGCCGGUGUCAUGAUAUGCGACUACUACAUCGUCCGUAAGGGCUAUCUCGACAUCAAAGCCCUCUACAGCGGCCGCAAGACCGACCCAUAUUACUACACUCUCGGCUUCUCCUGGAAAGCCUACGCAGCCUACCUCGCCGGUAUUUUGAUCAACAUUGUUGGAUUCGCAGGCGCCAUAGGUCGUGACGUCCCCGUCGGAGCGCAAUACAUCUACAAUAUCAACUAUUUCACCGGCGUACUUGUCUCGGGCGGAACCUACUGGAUCCUCACUCGGAUCUUCCCCGUUCCCGCAACCAGUGAUUACUGGAACGAAGUUGAUAUCGAUGUUGAUGUCGAUGAUUAUGGGGUCGCGUACGGACAGCCAGUCAGCGAUGAAGAAACGGCUGGCGAUGAUCGCCGGUCGAUCACCGACUCCCUGCCACCUGAUGAACAGAAGAGGAAGGUUUUGGCUGCUACAAAGGGAGUUUGA